AUGGAAGAUGACAAGCAGUACCUCCUUGCAAAAGAUCAUGAAGCGAGCAAUGUCCCGUAUUCGCCUCGACGAUCCAAAUACAGGUCCUUGCCGACAAUUCUCAACAUGAUCAUUUUCGUCGGCGGAGUGGCUACCUGGGCACAUGUGAAUGUACUCGUCAAAAGCCUAUACUGCAAUCCAUGUCCAGAAGGUGCUAGAUUUGAGCAGGACUUGUUGUACAACAGCAAAGUCACCUUCCAGCCCCAUUGGUAUAUGGGUGGACCGCCCAGCAAUAAAACCGACGAGAUGUGGGAGCGACUAUCCCCUCCAGGAGAUGGCAUCGUGGAAAUACCGAACGAAUACACAGCAAACCUGCCAAAAUCUCUCCCAGCACCACACAACCCAGAUACCCAUACAGUGUACGGAAUCUCCAUGUUCCAUCAACUCCAUUGUCUCAACUUUCUGAGAUUCGCGUACUGGCCGGACACCGUGGAGGAUAUGCCUGCGGAAGAAGUCGCUUUUCAUCGUGACCACUGCUUGGACUAUAUCCGACAGGGCAUCAUGUGCGCUGGCGACGCUACCUUUGAGCCUCUCACUGAGGCCGGGAUCAACGGGAUGGGCGCUACUCAUCAAUGUCGUGAUUUCGACAAACUUUUCGCGUGGGGUUACAGCAACCGUUCGAACAAGAAAAGCUCGGGGUAUACUCAUGGGAGAAUCACGCAUACCCCUGGCCAGAGGAAUCAUCUUGGUGGUGUCGGUGAUGAUGACGAUUAA